AUGUCGAACGAGCAAACCGCCAUGCAGGCGCAAAUCGCCGAAGUCGCACAACGCAAGGCCACGACACAGGCUCAUCGCGGACAGGAGAGCCAAGUAUCGGCUGCCAAGUUGGCUAAGAAUAAGCGUUUGCCUGCGACUAUGAUUACGCCCGGGGGGAAGAUUGAGGUGUCGAAGAAGGCUAAACGGGGGAAGAAGAAGAAGGCUAGUGACGCAGCGCGGGAGAAGGCGAUUGAGCGGAUUGAGCAGAGUGCCGUCAAGGCUCGGGCUGUUGAGGAUCGCAAGGCCAAGCGCCAGCGUGCCAAGACUGCGUGGGAGUAG